UUCUGUUUUCAUUUAAAAUAAUAUGUUUAAUCAAUCACAUUUAACUCUCUUCUUUUCUUGGCUCACUGUGUAUCAUUAUUCAUAAAUUCAAGUCUAAUAGUUUUGAGGCCUUUAAAGGAAUAUGGCGCGCGUGCGGUGAAAAAGGACAAAAAACUACUUUGGUGCUAGCAAAAAUAUUGCUAUUAGCCGAAGAGAGAAGCAGAACGAACUUCAACCAAACGACAUUGUUUGUCCCCAAAAACUUUUAAUAGAGAACCCGCAUUUAAUUUUUAAUAGUUUACCCGCAUAAAUUUAUAGAGAACCCGCAACUAAUUGUUUAAUUUGCCGAUUUUCACGGUUUUGAAACAGAACUAACAAACGCGUCGACUGGCCAGUCCGGAAAACGUGUGUGUGUGUGAAAAAGGUGUCCGUGGACACCUCUACAUGGAAGCCAGAAGUUCAAGUCUUAGGAGGAAUUUCAGUUCAAGUUUCAAUUGCAAAAUGUAUAUGCCCAGAAAAAAUAAGCCGUUCUAUCACAGUUUGCGUUACCUUCAAUUUACACAUUAUUAUCCUGUAGCUGAUAAUAAUACCAUAUUUCGAAAAUGUAGAACGAUUAUAAUUCGAGGUCUUAUAAUUAUGAUACUACUACUUCAAAGUUUUCUUCAUGCAUAUUUCUUCGCAAAGAAUAAUGCUCAAACCGAUACCGCCGAAGAUUUAGCAGUAUUCGUUUCCGUCGUCAAUUAUAUAUACAUUUGUAAUAGAUUUGAUUACCUAGCUGAAUAUCUCUCUAAAUUGUACUUUAGCAUUUCGGACACAACAAAAUAUGGCGAACCUUCAAAUUGGGACAAAGUCAUUAAAAGAAACAAGUUGUUUACUUUAUUUGUGCUCCUCUAUGGAAUAAUUGCUAUUUUAUUUUAUUGCAUGCUAAAAAUAUUCUUUGAAACAGGUAAGUUCUAUGUUUACAAUUUAUUUAAAUAUUAUAAACAUUAA